UAAAAUCCCUAAAACCUGACCAGCUUCGGUCACACUGUCAACAUCGCCAUUCUGAAAACGCCGUGUUUUUUCGGCAUCUGUAAUUCUAUUUAUCUUUCGCUGUAUUAUUACAGAAAGUGUACAAAAUGACCAUCGGCAAGAACAAUAAAAUGAUUCAGCACCUGAAUUACCGGGUGCGAAUCGUGCUCCAGGACUCGCGCACAUUUAUCGGCACCUUCAAGGCCUUCGACAAGCACAUGAAUCUGAUUUUGGGCGACUGCGAGGAGUUCCGCAAGAUUCGCUCAAAGAACUCGAAAGUGCCCGAGCGGGAAGAGAAGCGAGUGCUGGGCUUUGUACUGCUGCGCGGCGAAAACAUUGUUUCCCUCACCGUCGAGGGACCGCCGCCGCCAGAGGAGGGUCUGCCCCGUGUUCCCAUCCCCGGAGCCGCUCCAGGACCAGGAUUGGGUCGUGUGGCCGGUCGCGGUGUGCCGAUUAAUAUGUCCGCUGUGCCAGCGGGCCUGCAGGGACCAGUUAGAGGCGUGGGUGGUCCCGCCCAGCAGCACAUGGCGCCAAUGGGCCGAGGAUUGCCCCGCGCUCCGAUGAUGGGAGCUCCGCCGCCGGGAAUGAUUCCUGGUGGUAUGCCCGCAAUGCCGGGUAGCAUGGGACGCGGCGCUCCUCCACCUAUGCGUGGUCCGCCGCCGAGCAUGAUUCGGGGUGCACCGCCACCGGGAAGGGGUGGAUAUUGAAAGGAAACAUUUUUGGUUAAUAAAAAAAGAAAACAACUCACAAUAGAAA